GAAAGCGAAAGAAACCUGUGGAAAGAUGAUAGUGAAAAGGAAAAUGUGGAGAUUGGAUUGGAGUGUCAUACGACAGGGGAUGGCAAAGAAGGGGAAAAGCCCACAACAGCCUGACAGGUGUUGGCUCCAUAGUUGGCCCAAAAACUGGCAAGGUGAUUUGUUUUUAUGGCAUAAAAUUUUAUUUUUUGGUUUUACUCUGCUUAACAGCUGUGGAGUAAAAAAUGCAGUUGUAUCUGUUCUUGUUGAGGAUGAUGAUUCAUCUACCAUAAGCAAAGUGAGGAAAAAUGUUGAGCAUGAGGUUGAAAAAUGGUCAGAUGUAGUCAAUGCUAAAAGAUCCUUUGGUAGCUCACUAUACAGCAUCAAGACUGAAAACAAAACAGAGGCCUGACAGAUAUG